AUGAGUUCCUGGUUUUCUGUCCAAAAGGGGUCAUGCUUCUCCCUUGCCAACAUCCCUUUUGGCAUCAUUUCCACCAAGAGAAAUUCCGUGCGGCGGCCAGCCGUCGCUAUCGGCGAGCAUGCACUCGACCUGGCCACCUUUGCUAGCCAGGGUGGAUUCGAGGGCCUCGAGAAUUUUCCAAAGGACAAGUUGGGUGUGUUUUCGGAAACAUCAUUGAACUCGUUUGCCUAUCUUGGGAGACCCGUGCAUCGAGCUGUGCGCAACUACCUACGGGACGUUUUCCGCGAUGAUACGCCGUACCCCGCCGUUCUCAAAACGAAUGAGAAACUCAAGGAGGCUGCUUUGACACCCCUCUCGGACGUCGAAUCGCAUCUCCCCUUGGUCAUAGGAGACUACACGGACUUCUUCGCAGGUCGCAACCAUGCGCAUAACGUCGGGACUCUGUUCCGCGGAGCUGCCAACGCUCUGCAGCCGAACUACAAUCACGUUCCCGUCGCUUAUCACGGCCGGGCUAGCUCGGUCGUGGUCUCCGGAACACCGCUGCGUCGCCCCUGGGGCCAGGCACUUCCCACGCCCACGUCCAAGGAGCCGGCCUUCCGGCCUUCUGCUAAGUUGGAUAUCGAGCUCGAGUUGGGAAUGUUCUUGUGCAAAGGCAACCAACUCGGCCAGCCCAUACCGGUAGACGAGGCUGAAGAAUUCAUUUUCGGAUUCGUGUUGAUGAACGACUGGAGUGCCCGGGACAUUCAGCAGUGGGAAUACGUGCCGCUCGGCCCCUUCAACGCAAAGAACCUGGGAACUUCUAUCAGCCCAUGGGUUGUCUUGGCGGACGCGCUCGAGCCGUUCAAGGGCCAGGGCUUGUCGAACGAGGUCGAACUACAGCCCUAUCUCCGGGAAAAGAAAAAGGACAAUAUUAUUGACAUCAGGCUGGAGGUGUCGGUCAAAACUGCAAAAGGCACCACCACCACCUUGACACACACGUCUUCAAGAAAUCUCCUGUGGUUCUGGGACGAUAUCAGGAUCCGAGCCCGGCACAUUUGGUAG